AUGGGCCAACAACUGGAUACCGUCCACGCAGUCGGACAGAUCCUUGAGGAGGCAGCAGCCACAGACUUUCAGGCAGAGAUGAACGAUGAGAAGCUGGAGGGCAGUUCAACCCAGGGGGACCCUGCUGGAGAGUGGGGCGGCCAAGUCGGAGAGGGUGUGAGGCAGGAGAGUCUGGGGCAUUUAGAUACUGCAGACAGCAUCCGUCAGGCUGAGAAAACAAACACUGAGGUCAUGGAAACCAAACCAGGCUGUGAGCCAGUAGGAACUGCUCAGGAGACAGAGGAGAGCUCUGAUAGAGCCAUGCACAUGGAACGAAGGCCCCCCGCCAGUGAUGGAAUGGGAAAGGAAGGAGUGAAGGCAGGCAAUGCUGCUCAUGAAACGCCAGAGGAGAUCGAGAGUUGUCGAACUGACUUGGAGGAACAAGACGUGGAAGCAAUGGAGAGUGCUGGUUUGAUGACUAGUGCUGUUCUGCAUUCAAUGGAUGGCAAGGAGGUGACUGACUCUGAAGCAGACCAUGCUGGAGUUGAAACUCAGGAGGAGGCAAAUCAGAAUAAAGGGGACAGCAUGUGUGGAAAAGGAGAAGAUCAGGCAUCAAAUGAGGACGUGAAUAUGGAAAACGUGGAUCAGCUUCAGAACAGCCCCACACUAACUGGGCUGGUGCCGGUCCAUCCUCCAAUAAAAUGUUCCAGAGAGGAGGAGAAUGUGAAGAGCUUGCUAUUGGAGCUGGCUGCUGGAGAGGAUGUGCCUCGUUCAGGAUUUGAGGUUAAAUUUCCUCUGCAGGGGAAAAGUGAACCAAUGGUGGCUAGAGAUCAAGAGGUGGUUUGUCUUCCCGCUUUGCAGAUCCACCAAGGGAAGUCCAGACUCAAGGAUGACAAGGAAUCUGACGAGGGUUCUGGGGUGCUUGAGAAGGUGGAAAGUUAUAAAGAAGGCCCUCAAUUUCAAGAAAGCAAGGAGAUCCACCAGGACCUCCUUGGUGCUUCUCAGGUUGAGAAAAUCAAUAAUAUUUGUUUCAGUGGAACCCUUGAAGAAUCCAGCCUAAAUCUAGUUAUAGACCAAAUAGCAAACUCAGAGCAUGUACAACUUACAACUGAGAACACCAAAGAAGUUGAAUCUGAACAACGUAUCCAGGGGGGCCAAAGCAUUACAGAGGCAGGGGACAACAGCUGGGCCUCCACAGCCAAAGAGAAGCCAAUUGAGCACCUGGAACAGCAGUGUGGGGGGAGCCCUAAAGAUGCCAAUGCUGAUGAAGUGCUUUUCCAGAGUUGCAAAGACAAAGCUGAAGAGGACGCCAGUGCACAAUGUUUAAAAGACAACAAUGAUGAUAAAGCUGGAGGAGUCCAGCUCGACAGCAUCAAAGCCAGCCCAUGUCCUUCACGAGCUCCAGAGGCUGGAGGUAGAGGUCCACAAGCAGGCCAGCCUAUGGAUGUGGAGGUCACUGUUACUGAAAAUCCAAAGCUACUGGCUUCUCCGAAUCCCAGGGAGAGAAAGCAGGGGCUCACUGCAGAACAAGGUCAAGCAGUGAAAGUGGCUUUAAUGAAAAUGGCAUUCGACACCCCAAAAAAAACCAAGGCAGCAGAGGUGAAGAGCACACCGAAGAAAGAUAUGUUCAGGCGAGUUGUGCGACAGAGCAAAUUCCGUCAUGUCUUUGGCCAGGCGGUGAAGAACGACCAGUGUUACGAUGACAUCCGGGUCUCGCGGGUCACCUGGGACAGCUCCUUCUGCGCAGUCAACCCCAAAUUCGUUGCCAUAAUCAUUGAGGCCAGUGGCGGCGGCGCCUUCUUGGUGCUCCCUUUGCACAAGACUGGUCGAAUUGACAAAUCCUACCCUACAGUAUGUGGCCACACGGGGCCCGUGCUGGACAUUGACUGGUGUCCACACAAUGAUCAAGUCAUUGCCAGUGGAUCGGAGGACUGCACCGUCAUGGUGUGGCAGAUCCCUGAAAACGGCCUUGCGCUCCCCUUGUCCGAGCCGGCCGUGGUUCUGGAGGGUCAUUCCAAGAGAGUGGGCAUUGUGUCAUGGCACCCCACCGCACGCAACGUCCUCCUCAGCGCUGGCUGUGACAAUUUGAUCAUUGUGUGGAAUGUGGGGACCGGGGAAGCCAUGAUCAAUCUGGAAGACAUGCACCAGGACAUGAUCUACAGCGUGUGCUGGAACCGCAACGGCAGCCUGAUCUGCACAACCUCCAAAGACAAGAAGAUCCGCGUCAUUGACCCCAGGAAGGAGAAGAUCACUGUUGAGAAAGACAAAGCCCAUGAAGGAGCCCGCCCCAUGAGAGCCAUCUUCCUCUCCGACGGGAACAUCUUCACCACAGGAUUCAGCCGCAUGAGCGAGCGACAGGUCGCGCUCUGGAACCCGCAAAACAUGGAUGAACCGAUUGCACUACAUGAGUUGGACAGUAGCAAUGGAGUGCUCCUUCCCUUCUAUGACCCGGACACCAACGUGGUUUACCUGUGUGGAAAGGGGGAUAGCAGCAUUCGCUACUUUGAGGUAACAGAAGAAACCCCCUAUGUUCAUUUCCUCAACACCUACAGCAGUAAGGAGCCUCAGAGAGGGAUGGGCUACAUGCCAAAGAGAGGGCUGGACGUCAACAAGUGUGAGAUUUCCAGGUUCUAUAAACUGCAGGAGAGGAAGUGUGAACCUAUUAUCAUGACUGUACCCAGAAAGUCUGACCUGUUCCAGGAUGACCUGUACCCGGACACGGCCGGCCCCGACGCUGCCCUGGAGGCAGAGGACUGGUUCGAGGGCAAGAACGCAGACCCCAUCCUCAUCUCCCUGAAGCACGGCUACAUCCCCGGCAAGAACCGCGACCUCAAGGUGGUCAAGAAGAACUUCCUGGACAACAAGCUGGCCGUCAAAAAGAAGACUGAGAACUCCGUCCCUGGGAGCAAGCCUGCAGCCGCGACACCCUCCAUACAAAACGAAGCCAAGCUGGAUGAGAUCCUGAAAGAAAUCAAAACCCUUAAAGACCUUAUUGGCAGCCAAGACAAGCGAAUCGCCAAAUUAGAAGAGCAAAUGGCAAAGAUUGCAAUCUAAUGACCAACAGCACCUGUCGCUAUUUUGGGACGUUUCAUUGGCUGGGAUUGUGCCAGGUGGGCAGGACACGUCACUGCCAAUCUUGAUGACUGCGUUCCACCUGUGGCUUGUUGCCUAGCAAUGAUUCCAAACCACAUUCCGAUAUGAACUUUCUUAUCCCCACUAAUAGAGAAAAGAGAAAUUCUUGCAAUUGAUAUUCCAGCUUUUUAUUGAAAGUUUUAAUAAGUGGCAAUUUGAAUGUCCUUUUUUGUCAAGAGAAUCUUCAAAAACUUUUUUUUUUUUUAAAUUUGUGACCAAGAAAAUUGUUAGUGACAAGUUUGUAUUUACUGUGUUAUACCCAAAUGUUUUAUAUAUAGUAAUCCAUCAGUAUUGCAUUUUUCUCUUCCUUUUUUGUUGCCAAAUCUACAAAGAGUUCUGUUUUACAUACCUCCUUGACAGUGUUUGUUUUUUUAAUGCAUUCAAAGAACACAAACUGGAGGACAAUGCAAUCAGACCAUAUUGUUCAAUAAAACAGAGUGAGAAGUGGACUUUUAAUACAGAAUGAAUCUAUUAAAAGUUUAAAAAUACAAGAUUUUAUCAUUUCAACCAGAAUGUGCAUGUUUACAAGAUAAGAGUACCGAAUAGAAAGAGGGUUACAUCGUAGAAUUUUCUUUUGCCCUGGUCAUUUUCAGGUGAGUUUAAACAUGAACAGAUUCGCUGGUAAAGUCUGUGCUGUAGCUGUAAAUGUGUUUUUGCCAUUUCUCUAGUAGGCCACUUCAAUGCAUCAUGGACAUCUUUAUCGCAGACGUGUUUUUUCAAUCGCAUAUCGCAUUUCAUAUCGUCUCCAUAGAGAGGGAUCUACCUCUCUGUUUGGGCAAACAGCUUCUCUGGGAAUCGCUAGCAAAGUCUUGCAGGGGGAUCUUUACUCGCAAGAUCUAAUCCGGAAAAUAAAAUCUGCCAAAAAAAAAAAAGUUUGUAUUGAAAUGUGUGUCAGUCAGCUUUGUUCUUUCACAGCUGUGUGAUCAGGUGUGAAGGCUAAAGAACUGGUAGCCAGGCAGUGAUCUUCUGAAUUCUUGUUUUUUAGCUAUUGCAUUUUACCUCUAUUUUAAAGGUCAGUUAAAUGUAUCCUUUUUACAAUUGGGAGUGAAGAGCCUCAUCAUACCAUAUGAAUCUAAUAUACAACGGAUACUGUAAAUGGCAUUGUAAUUAUUGUAAGAAGGGAAGUGUUUGCUGACGCUACAUGUUCUACAUGUACAGCCAAAUGUAAAAUAUCCUACAUGUCCCCUCUCCCUCUCUCCUGGAGAAAUCUAUCCGCUUCAUUUGAUUUUCAUGCUUGUAAAGUUGUAAUCAGGUUUUUAUUUUUUCUCUUCCUUAAACUAAACUUUUUUUUUUUUUUUUGAGUGGCGGGGGAGUCAACAGUUUCAGUCUAGGGUUGAGAAUUAUUUGUCGAAUUUCAUCUGUGAACUACUUUGUUCUCUGUUAUGGACUUUUUAAUCGACUGUCCAAAAAAAGAAAAUCUGCUAGUGUUGCUGUUGCAUGAAAGGUGGAGGAGAGAGUAUAUUACAGUGUCUGUUCUGAGGGAGAUGUGGUUGGAAGGGAAGCCGUUAACACAGAGUGUAUUGUCUCUUUUUUUAUUAUUUUUAUUAUUUCUUUUCUUCUAGUUUUCAUCUGCAAGGUAUUUGUCUGAGACCCCUCACUGUAGACAUCAUGCAAACUGAUCGGGGUCCCUGAGAUGCUGUUCAGCCAGUCACACACACCUCUGCUUUGGAUUACACACACACACAAUACCAGCACUGAUCCAAACUGCAAAGUCCCUACAUUCUGUUCAGAAUGUAUUUAAAGGAGACCAGGGUAGAGACCAUCCUAAUUACCAGUAGUUCUGAACCAUGAGAUUUGUUCUACUGAGCCUUUUUUAAAAUGUGUUUAAUAUAAAAGGAGGCUGCUGACUGCUCUUCAGCCAGACCUGGGACCCUGCAUAUACAGAUGAAUUGCAUUUAAAAAAGGAAGACAAAAUAAUGCUGAUCCUCUGAAAGAGUGGUGUUGUUUUUUAUAUAUUUUGAUAAAUGACUAAACUAAUGGGUGUUGGUUUUAAUUUUUUUUUGUUCAAAUGUGUUCUAUUUCUAGCCUGAACUGAAGUCGAUGUCUUAUUGCAACAUGGAAGAGAAUAGUGCUUGUGUAAUGUUACAUUUGCUUGGUGAGAGAAAUAGAAGGUUAUUGAGGAUGGAUGACAUUUUAAAAUGAGAAGCAACAGCUCCCCCCCCCCCCCUCCCAAUAGUGCCCCACUUACUAGUUAUGCAUUUGAUCAAUUUUAUAUGCAUAGUCAAAUAAAUAAGGCACACAGUAUUAGUCACAUACCGUGCCCGUGUUUUAGCUGCAUAAAUAUACUUUGCAUUGUGCUUGAUGCAUAGCAUUAAAUAAAUGCACAAAGAACAGGUUUUAUAUUGCAUAAGUACUGGUUUUGCAGUAAGACUGACUGAUAAAGUGGUGAGCAGAACAGGAAAAUGAUGGGCAUGAAACAGACUUGUAUCUCAACUGAAAACAUGAAUUUGCGGGGGAUAGGAGCAGGAGGGACUGGGUGAACAGAAAGGAAUGUGUUUGUGUUUAAAUAUAGUGAAGCUGUCCUCCAAUUGUGAUGAAACUUAGAACACUAGAACAAACUGGGAGAAUUGGAAUGUGGAGCAGCGCUUCUCCGCUUGUCAUAACUUUGUUACGACACCCUGUAGCUUGUGAGGGUGACGGACUAUGUAGAAGGAGAUUGCAUGGUGGUCUGCUUUUCAUGCAUGGCUCUGGCUUGAUGUUUACAGUCAUGGUGUGGGAUGUGAGGAGGAAGCAAGGAUUUGAACCCUGUGGGUUCUAGAACCAAUAACUAGGGCUCUGCCUGAAGGAGUUUUUUGCAGCUAUUUGUUUAAUCAAUACUGGAAGCGAGUAAAGGAACUGAAAGGGUUGGGGGGUGGGGGGGAUAUUUUAUUUCAUUUUUUUGGACUGCAUGUCAAAUUCCGUUCCUACUCCUGAGAACUGUAUGUCCCACUAAACUCUGCUACACAAUACCCAGUUUUCCUUUGUUGGAGUUGUUCACCCUCGUUGGGGUAAUAGAUUCAUGAUGUCUUUGGUAGUGGAUUAGAGCAAUGCCAUAGGAGGGUAAUGCUUGUGUUGUGGGUGAAGGAAAUGUUAAGUAUAGAGAGAGAUGGGUGUUGUUUCAGUGCAAUACGAUAAGUAGGUUGAAAGGGGGUAUAUUGUUUUAAAAGAAUGUUUCUUGUCUAAAAGGAAAGGGUUUAACUCAGAGGGAUCAGACCGUUGUGUGUGGUUUUUUUUAAAUGUAAUUCCUUGCAUUGAUGAUUUAGUAGAGAACUGAAAAGCCAAACUGUGUUUCUAAAACAAAUUGGAAUCUGCUCAUAAUAGUCACACUGGUGUUCUGUCCAAACAUCUUCGAUUCACGAACUCAUUGAAUUUACUAAAUAAAUACAAAGUGAAGAGUG